UCCUUCUUGGAUCAUAUGAAUCCUAUUUGAUAUUUUCUACAUGGUAUCAGUUGUGAUUUGAUUCUACUUCCGUUAUUUUCUUCUUCUUUUCGUCAUGCCGCGUGGUGGCAAUACAAAUGCCGUUCAAAUUCCUCCGAUGGAAGAUACUUCCAGUCCAUACUAUCUUCAUCCUAGCGACAAUCCGAGCUUGCAGCUGGUUCCUCAUGUCCUCACUGGCUCCAAUUACAUUAAUUGGAGCAGAUCAGUCAACACUGCAGUUUUGGCGAAGAACAAGAUCGCUUUUGUCAAUGGCGUCCUUCAUCGGCCACACGAUGAUGAUCUGCUAUUUCCGGCGUGGUUGCGCUGCAACAGUAUGGUUGUAUCGUGGAUUCGCAAUUCUAUAUCUCCUCAGAUCUGCUCCAGCAUAAUGUACCUUGAAGAUGCUCAUGAGAUCUGGUCGGAUUUACGCAUCCGAUUCUCUCAGCUCGAUUCUGCUCGAGCUUAUCAAUUGAAGCAAUGCAUCUGUCUCUGAAUCAAGGAAAUGACGAUGUCAAUGCCUACUUCACAAAUCUUCGAAUCGUUUGGGAUGAAUUCAAGCACUCUCAACCGAUUGCUUGGUGCAUUUGUGCGAAUUGUAGAUGCAAUAGUGCCUCGAAGUGGCAUGAGUAUCAAGAGCAAGAGUGCACGAUGCAGUUUUUGAUCGGACUAAAUCCUGUUUUCUCUCAGAUCCGAUCCAACAUUCUCUCUAUGGUUCCGUACUUCCGUUUCCUCCUCUAUCAAAAGUUUACUCACUUGUUUUGCAGGAGGAAAGGCAACGAACUAUUGAUGGUUAUUCUCCAGUUAUAUCUCCCUCUAUGAGUGAGCAACCUUAUUCAGCUAAUGCUGCAACAUCUCAAUCUUACAAUAAGGGGAGACUUUGUUCACACUGUGGUAAGAGUAAUCACACGGUUGACAAAUGCUUUACUCUCCAUGGUUUUCCUCCAGGAUAUGGUAAGGGGAAGAACAAAUUUGGUGCUGGUGCUAAGGAGACUAAAUCUGUUAAUUUUGUGGAGGAUUGCAUUGAAGAUUCAUGUGAUAAAUCUGCUUUCUCUCCACCAAUGAGCAUACCUUCUCAGGAGCAGUGUCAGCAGCUCAUAAAUCUGCUUCAGUCUCAACUUGCUGCUGCUGCCACUUUUGUUCCACCUACUUCAGCUACUCCUACUUCUGCUGCACCAAAUAUGCCUUCAUCUCCUCACAAUGUUCCUUUCACAGGGAGCUUCUCAGGAAAUUGUGAUUGGGAGGGGUAGCAGAUUGGGAAAUUUGUACACUCUUGAUGUCUCUUCUAAUUCCAAGAAAUUUGAAGGUUGUAAAAAGCUUAUUAGAGCUCACUCAAACAUUCCAUCGAACAUUUGGUGUGCUGUGCAAAAGACAAGUGAAGAAUUUUCGUUGAGGCAUUUCAUCGAACAAUUGGUGUGCACUGUGUUUUAACACAACAAACAGCAGCUGCUGAGUCACCUCUCCAGAAACGAACCUCACGACUCAACCACAAACUGAGCCGGCUCUCCGCCGAUUGGGUGCCCCGACGAACCCGGCGACCCGCGGAAGUGCUUCGCGCAGCAAAGCUCCACCCGCCCGGGUGAGUUUCAUACCAACAAAUACACCCGCCCGGGCAGCUUCUUCAAGGUGUGAAGAGUCCAGAGAGGGCUGAUUUUAUGUCACCCGCCCGGGUGAAUUUUCAGCUUUGAAAUAUACCCGGCCGGGUAAGAUUCGGAAGGCGUGAAGAGUCCAUAGAGGGGUGAUUUUAUGUCACCCGGCCGGGUGAAUUUGUAGUUUCGAAAUAUACCCGGCCGGGUAGAGCAAUUCUAACUGCAUCUCUGCAGUUUCUUGGGCGGUUGGAUGGGAAUAAAAAAAGUAGACGAAGAGAGAGAAAGGGGGAAGACGAAUCGGAGUGAGAAAACGGGAAGGAGAAUUGGGAGUGGGAUUAUUACGUGUAUGGUUGGUGAAGUUGCAAAAGGAAGAAUUCUCCAAAGUCAAGUUCAUCAUCUUCAAGCUCCAUGGUUUCAAGGAUUUUCAUCUCCAUUAUCUUUGUUCUUAGUUUGAUCAUGUUAG